AUGAAGUUUUUCGCCGCCAUCAGCCUCGUCUCGGGCCUCUUCGCCACAGCCGCCUCGGCCAUUGACCUGCAUCUCGAGUUUGCGGGCGGUUGCAGCACCAGCGGCGGCGGGUACAUCUGCCAGGGCUGGAACCCCAACACUUGCUGCAGCGUCAAUGCGGGUACCUAUUUCGCCAGCGGCUCGUUCCGGGCCAUCCCGCGCAACUGGAACAUCCAGGCGCGUGGCCAUGCCGGGCCCAACUGCGGCUCCAUCCGCGAGCAACAGGACAGCGCUGGCCGCGACUAUAUCUGCCUAGGAAACGGGCCCUUUGGCGGGCUGGGCUACGGCUUCAACAACAGAAAGAUGAUCCGCGGUGCGACCCUGGACGCCCGCAAUGGCGAGGAGACUGAGGGUUGCGCUCAGCCUAACGUCCUAUACCUCGCCGACGGCACCCAGUACAACUACACCGCCAUUGCUGAAACUGGCCAGGCCACCGAGGAGCUUGUCUCGCUUGUCGCUGCCGGCGCGUCCGCCGACGACAUUCCUAGCUUUGAAACCUUCAAGCUCGACGAACAGCUUGUUCUAUAA